AUGCCUCGAAAUACGUUUCUCCCGACGCCAGCGUCGUCAACCGACAUCAAGGGCCAGGACGGCUCUAAGAUGGCCUCCCUCCAGCUAGCCUUCGAGCUGCCACCACCAGCCGUCACAAGUGAGGCCGGCGCAAACCAUCCCAACACCUCGGCGACUUUCUACCCUACGCAAGCCAGCGAAACGGUCAAGUCUCGCAGGCGAUCUUCUGCCGCCAACCCGCCCAAGGACCAGUUCGCACUCCCGCCGCCUCCUACCCGCUCUCGCAAGAUCAUCCAGAUGAAACCUCGCGAGGAGCCUACCCCCGAGACCCCUGCUUCGACUUCCAAGACAGCAUCCAAGGGCAAUGCCGGGACAAGUUCAACCACGCAGGUGGCCGGUUCGAAAAGGAAACAGCCCUCGGCCACGAGCGCAGCCGGGAGGAAGAUCGCGAGGAAAACAGCCCACAGUCUCAUCGAGCGCCGGCGGAGGUCGAAGAUGAACGAGGAGUUUGCCGUCCUCAAGGGGUUGAUACCAGCAUGUACCGGAGAGAUGCACAAGCUAGCUAUCCUGCAGGCCUCUAUCGAGUACGUCAGGUACCUCGAAGACUGCGUCACCAAGCUCAAGGCACAAUGCGGAUCCGAAGCCAUGCUGGACCCCGAACCCCGGCUCUCCCAGUCCGGCCUCCCCUCCCCCUCCAUGGGCGACACCUACAACCACGGCCACGGCCACAACUACGCCGGCGGCGCGGUCGACCCCUGCUCACCCGACGUCGAGAUGACCAGCUCGUCGAGCGCGCCCUCGCCCAGCUUCACGCCCAUCGCCGGCCGCUCCCAGGCCCCGUCCAUCUCGCCCGCCCUGCGCCCACAAGACCCCAGCCGGCACAACUCGUACUCGUCCGUCUCGUCCGACUACCGCCUGCACGGCGGCAGCGGCGGCUACAGCACCUCCACCACCACCUCGCCCUUCUUCGGCCCCCAGCACGGCACCGCCACGGGUGUGUCCUCCUCCCACUCGGCUUUCGGCUCCGCCCUGACGAGCCCCGCCCUGCCGCCCCAGAGGGAUCUGGAUCAGGAGGCCACCACCGCGCUGCUGAUGCUGAAUCAGAUGGAUCGGCGCACGAGUACCAGCACGGCGACCGCGCCGCGGGGCAUGAGUGUGAGGGAUUUGUUGAGUAGCUGA